AUCUACCACUAGGAUUGUUAUGUUGCUAGUUCAAAUGUGACAUCAAGUAUCUUUGUUAAAAUACAUAUAGUACAACCUUGAGUGGUAAUUUGUGUUUUCUAGCAAUUGACUUUAGCCUAAAUGCUGUAUAGUACAGUGUGUAAUACUAAUUAUUAUAACAUACUAAAAUGAAGACACUCACGAGUUUAGUUUUCAUUUUCGGAUAUCUCACAGCUUUGUAUUGUGGCAUUGUGUCAAGUUCAACCCAGACGACAGAAAGCUACACUGCGACAACCGAUAGUAAUGAUACCACAAAUGCUACAACAUUUACACCCGCAAUUUCGAACACAAGCAUGGACACAAGUACAUAUAAUCCAAACAUCACCGAAAAUCCAACAAUAGAAACAACUGUAACGUCAACUACCGAACAAUUUACAUCAAAACAACCCAUCCCUACAACCGACGCUGAUCUUUCUACUGCAGUUCCAACAGGCCAGUCAGGAACAACUACAGUAUCAUCAUAUACAUCAGGAACGACACCAUCCGGAAAUUCAAGUCUAACCACUUUUGUCCCUCAUACUGAAACAAGUCGGCUAAAAACAAGUGCAAGCACAACACCAACAAAAACGGUAGCAACAACACAAAAAGCACGCUCAGAACAUUCUUUUGAUGCUGGAUCCUUUAUUGGAGGGAUGGGUAUAGGAAUGGUAGUUUUGUUUGUUGGCUUUUGUGGUUAUAGAUAUGUGCGUAAUACAAAAAAUCAUGACAGGAGACUUGGUAGAUACGGACAGCUGCACUAAGAAAGGCAGAAAAAAGUAUUAGACUAAGAAUAAUAUAAGACCAAUAAACUACAUAUUAUUAUCCAUGAAGCGAAUGUUUUAAAUGCAGUCAACAAAACGUGUUCAGUGAAGACGCUUGUUUGUAGCUAGCACUGCGUACCCUUAAAAGUUUUGAAAUAAUUGCUUGACAUGUGUGCAUGUGAGAGAAUGCAUCUCCCAUUUAUGUGAAAGACCGAUUCUCUGUUAAAACUUAUAGCGUUGACAGGUAACUGACAUAAUUUGCUGUUGUUUCUUCAACUGUGAAAAGUCAUUUUAUUUCAUAUUAUAGUAUUAUUGUA